AUGGCACCCAAGAAAGAGAAAGGGGGGGCUGUCAACACCAGUUCUAAGAUAUGGGAACCGUCGCUCAUAGCUGCACACUUCAAUCAGAAUGAUUGGAAGGCCUCCGUCGCUUUUGUGGUUGGGAACCAGAUUGAAGAUGAUCUUCUCAUUCGAGCCCUCACCUUGGCUGUGCAAGUCCCUCAGCGUAAGCUCUUCAGUAUCGUGUCAUGGCAAGACAUCCUUCUGCAGAUCAAUGAAAUAAAUGCACUUGUUGGAGCUGCUUCAGUUAAAAAGGCAAAAAGACCUGGAGUUGGUACAGUUAGUGCUCCAUUAUUUUAUGAGGUGUUAGUGGCAGCAAAAGCAAUUAUGGAUAAUGGAGAGAAAUUAACCUUACCACUGAUAGGGAAACUCUUGAAAUUUCAACUUCUGCAAAUUAAAUUAAAGGACCAACAGCGAAGGGAAAACGAAAAGAAGGUGGUAGAUGACAAGUUGAAGGUAGAAAAGGAAAAAGGCAAAGCAAAGUCUCCAAAGGAGAAGAAGGCCCCAAAUGCUAAAACUGGUAAAGGAAAGGGAAAAGAUCAGCCUGAGCCUAACCCAACAGUGAAAAAGGCCACUCAAUUGAAACGGAGGGGAGAAGAAGACGAAACCAGAAGUUACAUUGACGAUGAACCAGAUGACGGUGCCCAAUAUUACAUUAUUGUCGUGGGCUUCAACAAUCCUCAGCUCUUAGCCAUUGUCACUGAGCUUGGCAUUCCCAUAACCAGCGUGAUUAAAAUAUCUUCAGAGAACUAUGACCCUCUGAAGACACACCUGGCAGCAGUGAGCCAGCAGCAGGAAGCUUUUCUUCAGCCAGAAGAUAUAGAAGCUGAAAACUUGAAAAGAGAGGAUGCCAUAAAAGAACUUGAAAUUUUCUGGAAGUACUUGGAGCCAAUCCUGAAUAAUGAGAAACCUGAAACCAAUCUCUUUGAUGUGGCUCGACUUGAACACAUGGUCAAAGAAGCAGAUUUUCCUUCUGACUGGUCAGACAGUGAGAUGAUGCUGGAAUUGGGCACCAAUAUUUUUGAAAAUAUUGCCUGUUUGAUGUAUGACAGCCUGGACUGGAAAAGGCAGCACCAGCACUAUUUGGAAAGCAUGCAGCUCAUUAAUGUCCCACAAGUGGUUAAUGAGAAAACUGCCUUAGAAGCCAUGCAGAUUCCUGAGGUCCCACAACCUGCUGUUCAAACCCCUGGAAAGAAGAAAGCACAACAUGAGGAACCCCAAGCCCCACCACCAGUGGCUUUCAUCAUCACAACUGAAGUAGACAUGAGAUACUACAAUGAUUUGCUGAAUCCAAUUCCAGAAGAAUUCAUUUCUGUCUCCCUCAUACUACAUUGCAUGGUAGAACAGGUUGUGGCAACUGAAGAAGAUCUUAUCCCCCCAAGUCUGGUGAAGCCAUCCCCCAGAGCAGACGGGUUAGACCAUAGGAUUGCUGCUCACAUUGUGUCCAUCCUACCCUCCCUCUGCCUCUCAGAGAGGGAGAAAAAGAACCUCCAUGAAAUAUUCUUAACUGAGGAAGAAAGGGAAACCAAAGCAUUGCCCAAAGGCCCUCUCCUCCUGAACUACAAUGAUGCCCUCGCCCACAAGAAGUAUGCACUAAGGGACCAAAAGAAUUUUGAUCCAGUUCAAAUUGAGCAGGAGAUGCAGUCCAAGUUGCCACUGUGGGAAUUCCUUCAAUUCCCUCUGCCCCCACCUUGGAACAACACUAAACGUCUAGCUACCAUUCAUGAGCUUAUGCACUUCUGUACAAGUGAAGUCUUGAGCUGGAAUGAAGUAGAACGAGCCUUCAAGGUGUUUACUUUUGAGAGUCUGAAGCUUUCUGAGGUUGAUGAAGCAGGGAAACUAAAGCCUUCUGAGAUGAUGUGUGGGACAGAUGCAGAGAAGUUCAACAUACCAUGGGACAACCCUGCCAGAUUUGCUAAGCAGAUAAGGCAGAAAUACAUACAGAAAAUGAAUGCCCAAGAGUCCAAACCAAAAACAGACACUGAAAACAAAGACAGAAUAAUAUUUGUGGAUCAGGAUAGGACAAGGUCUGUGCAAGAUAAGGAGAACAACGGGAGCCUUUCAGUUCCUACUGAGUCUGAUGUUGACGUGAAUACUGUGAAAUCCUUAAGCCCUGAUAGAGUGCCAUCACAGCAGGAGACCAGCAUAAAGACUGAGCCUCAACCAGAUCCUCUGGAGCAGACCAGGAACAAUGAGAUCAAAGAUGAAGCAGUUGCAAAGGAUGAUUCUUCUCUUGAAAAGAAACCCAAGAAGAUGGUGGUGGAAGCAGAUUUAGAGGACAUAAAGAAAGCGCAACAACGCAGUCUAAUGGACUGGAGUUUCACUGAACACUUUAAGCCCAAAGUCCUGCUUCAGGUUCUUGAAGAGGCCUAUCAGCAAUAUCGGUGUGUUGAUUCUUAUUACCACACCCAAGACAACUCCUUACUCUUGGUUUUCCAUAACCCGAUGAAUACACAACGUCUGCACUGUGAACAUUGGAAUAUUGCUCUUCACUCCAAUGUUGGAUUCAGGAAUUUUUUGGAACUUGUUGCAAAAUCUAUUGAAGAUUGGAUCACAGAAGAAGAAGCUAAAUACCAGGAAGCUAAAAUGGCUGAAGAAGUCAGUAAGAGCAAGACAGAACUGGACUUCAAAUCUUCCUCUGGUACCAAAAUUUCUUCAAGCAAAGUUUUUGCAGUCAAAAAAUCUAAAAGUAACAAAUUAGUCAGCAAAUCAGAUAUACCAGAACAAGAAAAAGAGAAAGAGAAGGAAAAGAUUCCUUUCAUUUUAGAAGGCUCGCUCAAGGCAUGGAAAGAAGAACAAGAUCGAUUAGCAGAAGAGGAACGCUUAAAGGAAGAAAAGAAAGCAGAAAAGAAGAGCAAAGAAACUGGUAAAAAGAAAGGCAAGGAUAAAGCAGAGAAAGAAGAUAGUAAGUCUUUGAAGAAAAAAACUUCUUCCAAGGAGAAAGAUAAAGAAGAACAAAUAAAGAUCCCAGAAGUGACAGAGGAGCAAGUCCCACAGGCAGAGCCUGAGUUUCUCUAUCCGUUUCGAGGAUACAAUAUGGGAAAUACACCCAUCCAGAUCUCAGGUGGAAAUUCCUAUUUGUAUCCUUCUGAUGGCGGGCAGAUUGAAGUAGAAAAGACGACGUUUGAAAAAGGUUCAACUUUUAUUAAAGUGAAAGUGAAAAAGGACAAGCACAAUUUUAUUAUUCACUUGAAAGACCCAAAGCCAAUUAGGAAAAAGCAAACAGAAGAAAAGGAUUAUUCUUUAGAAGAAGAGGAAGAAAAAGAAAACAUUGAGGAACAAAAUAUUGAAAAAAAAAUAUCGAAUAUGGGAAAUAAAGCUGUUAGCAAGUUUGGAUCUUUUUCUGCCACUUUAGAAAAUGGAAUCUGCCUCUCAAUAAGUUAUUAUGGAUCAAGUGGAUUGGCGCCAGAUGACAGGGAUCCUAAUUUGGAUGCCAUGUUGAAUAUCCCUUCAGCGUUUACAGCAACAGUGAUUCCCGUUAUAGUGCCUGUUCCUCAAGGCAAAGUAAAAGGGAAAGUGAAAGGCAAAGAAAAACCCAAAGAAUCCCUUAAAGAAGAGGAGAGCCCAAAAGAAGAAGAGAAAAAGGAAGAAGUAGAACCGGAACUUGUUUUACAAGAGACUCCUUAUGUUCCAACCUUCCAAAACUUAAAUGUGUCCUGCCCCAAUGGCCUCCUGUUGACUUUCAUUGGGCAAGAUUACACAGGUCAAUAUGUUAUGGAUGAGGGACCCACCUGGGACAUCAUGGUCCGUCAGACCUACCCCCAGAGGGUGAAGCACUAUGAGUUCUACAAAACAGUGAUGCCACCCCCAGAGCAGGAGGCAUCAAGAGUCAUCACCAGUCAAGGCACUGUUGUCAAGUAUAUGUUGGACGGAUCCACACAGAUUCUCUUCGCAGAUGGCUCUGUGAGUAGUAGCCCCAAUUCAGGACCUAUUUAUCUUCCUCCUGAAAUGUCAGUGAGCCCUCAUGAUGGGGAUCUGGUGGAUUCGGCUUCUCAGCAAAAAUCAGAAACAGCACCAUCUGAGACUGUCAUCACAAAGAAAGGAAAAGGUCACAAAAGUCAAUCCUCCAUAGCACAUAAGAAUGAAUCUCAUGAGCCUGCACCAGAGACAGUUCAAACAGCAACUCCUGUGGAGGCUCAAGUAGGCACCUGGUUCACAACCACACCUGCAGGAAAUCGGAUUGGCACCAAAGGAUUAGAAAGGAUGGCGGACUUGACACCAUUUUUAUCCUUUCAAGCCACAGAUCCUAUCACUGGAACGGUUAUGACAACUCGAGAGGACAAGGUGAUCAUUGUUGAAAAGAAAGAUGGAACACGGAUAGUGGACCAUGCAGAUGGUACCAGAAUCACAACAUUUUACCAAGUUUAUGAAGAUCGUAUUUUUCCUCCAGAUGAUCCAGAAACAA